ACGUGAUUUUCUUGGGGACCCUCCAAUUGCCUUUGACGUUAUGACGAAAGCAAAAAAGACGCGGAAGUUCGCUGUAGCGAAGAAAGUGCUGAAGCCUUCUGAUUCUCGAUUGAAGGAAAACAAGGCGAAGGAGGCGCAGAGGCUGAAAGAAGCCCAAGAAAAGGCUGUGAGACGCGCGCCCCAAGUCGCAUCGUCACUCUUCCUGAAUCACAAUGAGGCCCUUGCACCACCAUAUCGCGUUCUUAUCGAUACCAACUUUAUCAACUUUAGUAUGCAGAGCAAAAUUGAGCUCAUUCAAGGGAUGAUGGAUUGCCUGUAUGCUAAGUGUAUACCAUGCGUCACAGAUUGCGUGAUGGCUGAAUUGGAGAAGUUGGGCGCAAGGUUCAGACUAUCACUUCGCGUUGCCCGUGAUCCUCGUUUUGAGCGCUUGCCAUGUUCCCAUAAGGGAACAUACGCGGAUGACUGUCUUAUUCAGCGAGUUGCGGCUCAUAGGUGCUUUAUCGUUGCUACCUGUGAUCGGGACCUCCGACGGCGAGUUAGAAAGAUUCCAGGUGUGCCCCUAAUGUACAUUGUGAGGAAGAAGUUUGCUAUCGAACGACUUCCGGACCAAGGCGCUCCGUCGUAAUCCUCUUCCUGCUCAGAUCGCUCAUUAAUUUGGAACAUAUAAUAUUCAUAUUUUACGCAGUAGCAUUCACGGCCAUUGCAAUCGGUCAUCUUUUGUCAAGCAUUCAUGGAAUCCUGAUGUCAUGAUAUAUGUUACUUUGGAAUAGAGGAAGGAGCGAAAAAAUUACAAUACAGUGGAGAGCAGUAUGAAUAUCGGGGGAAGAAAGGUCUCAAACGUUAAACCAGCCUAUGAGGCAGAGAAUCCACACUUGGCCCCAGUAUGGUACAGGUUCAUAUCAAACAUUAAAAAAAA